AUGAAGUUCAUCAACGUCUCGAUCUUGACCUCUGUGUUGGCAAUGUUGGCUGUUGCCAAAGGAGGUGCCGACGACGCGGCUAUUGCGUCGCCAGACUCCGCUGUCGUUAAGUUAACGGCCGAUACCUUCGGAUCUUUCAUCAAGGAGAACCCGCUUGUUCUUGCAGAGUUUUUCGCUCCAUGGUGCGGCCACUGCAAGAGUCUUGGUCCAAAAUUCAGCGCUGCUGCUGACAAGCUUGUUGAGAAGGACAUCAAGCUCGCCCAGAUCGACUGUACUCAGGAAAGAGAUCUCUGUGCCGAUUAUGGAAUCCGUGGAUACCCAACUCUCAAGGUGUUUAGAGGAACCACCAACUCUUCCGACUACUUGGGACAAAGAGAGGAGGAGAGUAUUAUUAGUUACAUGACCAAGCAGUCUCUUCCUUCUGUUUCUGCGAUCGAGGACUCUGCCGAUCUGCUAGAUACAUUUGCCGAACUGAGUGAGCCUGUGAUUUUGCAGGUUCUUCCGCCAGACUUCAAGCCUGCUGCCAACGAAACUUUCUACUCGCUGGCCGACGAGCUCAGAAACGAGUUCUCGUUUGUCUCGACCUCCAACCCAGAGUACGUUGAGAAGUACACCAGCAAGAAGUCCACUCCUGCGUACGUUGUGUUCAGACCGGGCGAGAAGACUGAAGACGCUUCCUUGUUCAAGGGCGACACCAUCGAUAAAGCCACCUUGGAGAGCUUCAUUGGCGUCGAGACCAAGCCUCUGUUUGGCGAGAUCAGCGGAGCCACUUUCCAGUCGUACAUGGAGUCCAAGCUCCCAUUGGCCUACUUCUUCUGGGACGACGAGAGCCAGAAAGAGGCCGUUUCCGAUGCCAUCAUCAAGCUCGCCAAGAAGUUUAGAGGCGAGAUCAAUUUUGUUGGUUUGGAGGCUAAGAAGUACGGAAUGCACGCCAAGAACUUGAACAUGAAGGAAGAGUUCCCAUUGUUUGUCAUCCACGACCUCGAGGGCAACUUCAAGUACGGUAUCUCCCAGGACAAGGCUCUGAAUUACGCCGACAUUCCUAAGUUUGUCGAGGAGUUCAAGGCCGGUAAGGCUCUUCCGAUCGUCAAGAGCGAGCCUAUCCCAGAGGUCCAGGACGAGGCUGUCUACCACUUGGUCGGAUACGAACACGACAAGGUUGUGCAACAGAAGAAGGACGUUUUGGUGGAAUACUACGCUCCAUGGUGCGGCCACUGUAAGAGACUUGCUCCAACUUACGAGGAGCUGGCUGCUCUGUACAAGAACGACUCCGACGCCAACGAGAAGGUUGUUAUUGCCAAGAUCGAUCACACCGCUAACGAUGUUUCUGGUAUCGAGAUCACCGGAUACCCAACCAUCUUCUUGUACCCUGCUGACGGCUCUAAGCCAAUCAGUUACGAGGGACAAAGAAGCUUGGAGGCUCUGGCCAACUUCAUCCAGGAAAAGGGUUCGACUGGAGUUGAUGCCUUGAAGAUUAGAGACGCCAAGGCUGCCGAGCCGGAAGCAGAGGAGUCCACCGAGACCAACAAUGGUGCUCACGAUGAAUUGUGA